AUGGCGUCAGCGGCAAAGACUGAGUACCCGCCCGAAAUUUCGAAAGAAGAGGAACACUACCUUCUGUCGAACCUGAAAGAUUGGUCGAUAGCACACGGUCUUGCGUCUUGCUUUGAAGACGGUCUCGUCAUACAAAAAGCCUACAACGAGCUUUACUCCGCGAUAGCAAGAGACGAGGCAUGGCUACAGAGCAUAGUGGAAGAGCUUGUAGACAUUGAUGAUUUCGUUGCGAAAUUAUGGCAAACUCACCUUGCAGUCAAGAAGGAAGGCUACGUGCAAGAACUCUCACUCGGUUUGUUCAGGUCAGACUACAUGGUACACAAAGAUCCCGCUCAUUCUGAUCCUGCUCCUGGUUUGAAACAAGUUGAGUUCAACACAAUCGCGUCCUCGUUCGGUGGACUCUCGUCGCAGGUGUCCGCCUUGCACAAGUACCUCCUCACCAUUGAUGCCUACCCAGCUUCAGCCACGUCCAUCAUCAAGGAAAACGCUCUGCGGCAAAGCAAGUCAGCCUCUUCGUUGGCACAAGGUCUGGCCACCGCACACAAGGCCUAUGGCGCAUCGAAGACUUCACGGCCUCUUUGUGUACUCUUCGUCGUACAAGAUCCGGAGAGGAACGUCUUUGACCAGAGACACUUGGAAUAUGCCUUGCUGGAGCAGAACGGUGUUCGGUCAUUCCGAUUGCCCUUUGGAGAAACCUUGGUACACACAAAGCUCGAUGGAGAUCGGACGCUCGUCUACACACCGCCAAACUCACCGUCGACAACAUACGAAGUCACGACGAUCUACUUCCGUGCAGGAUACUCGCCAGACGACUAUCCGAAAGAGGAAGACUGGGCCGCCCGGUUACAUCUCGAGAAGAGCAGAGCUAUCAAGUGUCCCAGCAUUUUGACGCAUCUCGCUGGAUGCAAGAAAGUUCAGCAAGUUUUGGCCACUCCACACUCUCCGCAUCUCAAGCGCUUCCUACCUGAUCCCGCAGUGGCGGAGCGUGUAUUAGCUACGUUUGCACCCAUCUACCCGCUCGACGAUAGCGAGGCCGGGAAGGAAGCAAGGAAGCAUGCUACGGAUCCAUCUUCCGCUUCUCGCUACGUGCUGAAACCUCAACGCGAGGGAGGUGGAAAUAACAUUUAUCGAAAGGCUAUCCCGCCGUUCCUGGAGAAACUUCCGGAGACACAUUGGCCGGCCUACAUUCUGAUGGAAAUGAUCGAGCCGCCUCCACUGACAAAUGCAGUCUUGCGAAAUGGAGAGCUGCAAAGGGGUGGUGUCAUUUGUGAGCUGGGAGUGUAUGGUGUGUGUCUUUGGAAGGACCGAAGCGGAUCUGAUUCAAAGGGUGAGAUUCUAGAGAACUGGGAAGCGGGGUACCUAUUGCGUACGAAAGGGGAUCAAAGCGAGGAGGGAGGUGUGGCCGCGGGCUUCGGCGCGGUUGACAGCGUCUGUUUGGUGGACUGAAGAUGACUUGCGGAUUAGGUUCGGUGGCUACUCCGGCAUCAGCAAUCGUCAGCUCAAUAUACAAAGUUCACUGGGCUUAUUGGCAGCCUGCCACCAUGGCAUCUGCCGCUUGAGAGGAGAGUGUAGACCAUAUUUCAAUACAACUCGUGCAACACUA